CUGGCCACUAUAGCCGAAACUGCAAGGCGAGUAUUUCGAGCCCGAGGAGACACAUCGCCGUCUUCUAACUCUUCUUCGCCGUCGUCGUCUUUCUCAUCUGGCUCCUCUCGCGUGUCAUAUUUCCCCUCUCCCCGAGGAACUGGCUUCAGAAGCUCCUAGGCAAGACACACGGCCGUCCUAGAGACUUUUCGCCAAGAAGUGCCCCCAAAGUCGGAGAAGGAUCGGCUCGCAGUGAGUUUAGGGAUUGGUUUAUCCUUUGGCUUACGAGCACUCACCUAUCUCGCUUGAGGACCUCGUAUCACCACUUCCGGGGCUUUCCAUCGCCGCCCUAAGUACCGCUGAAGUUCUUUUGUGCCGUGAUAUUAACCGCGACAUUCUGUCCGCGGUAUUUUUCCGCUCUGCGUUGCGCAAUCUUGGAGUGCUUUGUUCCGGCCCGGUUCAUUGUUCCUUUCUGGCGCAUCAAUGGUUGUUUGAUGUAAAGAGGGUGGUUCUGUGUACGGGAUAGUUUUGAAAGCGGAGGUGCAAAGGAAAAUGCGCUCGGAGUAAAUGACACGGAGGAAUGGCUCUGCCGAGAGUUAGACUAAGUGCGGACGGAGAAGUUUUAGCCGAUGUGUAAUUCCGGAUCGAAUUUCGCUGGCGAUGGGGUGGACGGCGGCGAAGACGACUUCGUUCCACAGACUGGCAACAGCUACAGGUCGCCCGAGGAGUCGCCGCCCACGGAGCAAAAGUUGAGAAUGUCACGGGGGCAGCCAAGCUGGUCGGACGAGCCCGGAAACGCGAACAGCAUAUCACGACAAAGCGAGGCUCGCCAAAAUCCUCCAGGACCUUCCCCAAGGAUGGCUCAGUCCGGCGAAAAGCCGCCAUCUUGCAGUGGCUUCCGGUUGGGCGUCUACGGGUGGAGGAAGAGAUGCCUCUAUUCCCUGGUCCUUGGCCUUAUGGUCAUGGUCAUAGUAAAUCUGGCACUAACCCUCUGGCUCCUCAAAGUCAUGGAAUUUAGCUCCGAGGGCAUCGGGUCACUGAGGGUAGUUCCUGGAGGGUUGGAGCUGAGAGGUCAAGCCGCUGUGCUGGACGCUCUCGUGGCUUCGUCCGUGAGGUCCAGGAGAGGCAAGAACCUGGUGCUAGAGUCCUGGAGUAACUUCACCGCCUCGGCUAGGUCGCAGGAUGGCCGACUUCUCGCCAAAUUUACUCUGGCGGAAGAUAGAUUUGACUGCGUGUCGAAAUCCUUCCGGGUGACGGACUCCAAAGGCGAGAUCCUAUUCUCAGCAGACCACGAGGAAGUCGUCGUGGGGGCGAAGAUGCUGAGAGUGACUGGUGUUGGAGGCGCCGUCUUCCAAGGGAGCGUCCAGACACCUCUGGUCAUGGCUGGAUCUGGACGCGAGCUCACGUUAGAAUCGGCGACGAGGACCUUAAAAAUAAGAGCCCCGCAGAAGGUGACGAUCGAAUCCUGGGCAGGCGAGCUGUCCGCUUCCUGUCUGACGGAUCUGAGCCUGCGGAGCACCGGAGGAGCCAUAAAAUUCGACGCCAAGUCCAUCUUCCUGACGGGUCUUCGGACCGCGACUCCCAGCCAGGUCGGCCAAGGCCACCCUACCAGGGAGCAGCACUACGCCAGGACUCACCAGGGUCAGAAGGAGAUGACGGUGUACCAACUCUGUGCCUGUGCAAACGGCAAACUGUUCCUCGCCAAGCCCGAAGGCGUCUGUCAAGCCGACAAGAGCGUUUGCUAAUAGUUAACGGGGUAACACGUGGGUACCAGGUUCUCCAAUCCGGGGACGAAGUGGACGAUGUCGUAGAGCUCCGUCUGGAUGUGCGUUUUACGUGUCAAGUUGUACGAAAGGGCGCCAACCACGUAUGGAUUCGAACGCAAAAAUUUCCCCGGCAGCGUGGACCUGGACCAUACGCGGAAGGUCGUCCUGGAUGGUCCAGGUCCUCUGCGAGGGUCUCUGCAAAACUCUCGCCUCGCGACGAGAAUUGCGCACGCCUCUCUGUAAGUAGCAGUGUCGCCGAAGCUAC